AUGAUAUCAAAUACUGAUAAUCAGUUAUGGCCUUCUCAUAAAUCCAUUCCAGAAGAUGUAAAAGAAGAAGGAGAAUGGUAUUACGAUCGUAAUGAUAUAGGUUAUUAUCCGGAAGAACGAUUUCAAAUCGAGUCAACAUUGCAAUCACCUCAUGUGAAACUUCAUGAAUUACCUGAUGACCUGAAUGAUAGCACCUUGCACAUCUCUCAGCUCACCAAUGAUUCAGUAAAACUGGGAUUUGGUAUUGGUUUAUCAUUAUUGUUUCUCAUAUUGAUCAUUGUUGUUAUUAUACAUCGAGAACGGUCACGACAAAAUUUGCAAUCGGAAAAUGAUAGAAAUCGCAAUUCAUAUGAUUGGAAUUUUUGCCUUCGUUGUAGCUUGAAUGGAAAAAAGACGAUAAAGAAAAUGACGGGUAUCAGUAUCGGAAAAUCACAGAAUUAUUAUAAAGAUAAUGAUCGAUGUCAUCAGCAUAUUGAUAACAUCGAAAAUUUGUGGUUGUUAGAAAAAUCUCGACUUGUUGUAUUCCACGAAGUGAAACUUGGUUCCGGAGCAUUUUGCAACGUCUACAAAGGUGCUAUUAAUGGAUUAGCACCAAUUUGUAAAGUAAAUCCAUCAUUGUCAACUUAUGGAACAUUCAAAGAUUGCAUGUGUGCAGUAAAAAUGCUUCCAUCCAUUGCAGAUGAUAUCGCGCAUGCUGACUUCAUGCAGGAAAUAAAAUUCAUGAAAUCACUGAAAUAUCAUCCUCAUUUGGUGAGUAUGCUUGGGAUAAGUAUCGAUGAAGACGGUAACAUUAUGCUUCUCAUUGAAUACUGUGAUUUGGGUGAUCUUCUACAUUUGGUACGAAACAAAAAAGACGAAAUCAUUAUGGAAUAUUUGAGCAGUAUAGGAUAUGUACAUCGUGACGUAGCCGCUCGCAAUAUACUUGUCAAGGCUACAAAUAUUUGCAAGAUAGCUGAUUUUGGAUUGUGUCGGUUAUCCGAUUCGUUUAUUUAUACAGGUCGCGGUGGAAGGUUACCGUUAAAAUGGAUGGCACCGGAAUCGUUACGAUCGUAUGAAUAUUCGAUUAAAACCGAUGUAUGGUCUUAUGGUGUAUUACUUUACGAAGUAUUUUCGUUUGGUGAAGUACCUUAUGCGCUUCUACAAACAACCGAAAUUCUUGAUUUUUUAAACUCAGGCGCUCGUCUUCAUCAACCCCAAUAUUGUCCAAUUAAUGUGUAUACGCUGAUGCUUCAAUGUUGGCAGAGUGAACCGUCUUUACGGCCUAAUUUCACAGAAAUUUGCUCCAUUUUGCGAAUGAUUCUUGAAGACAACUUCGAACAUUAUGGAUAUGUCGAAGAGGUCAAUGCGAAUGGAAAUCCCAUUUAUUGA